GAAACGAAGGAAGAAGGACGCUUCCCUGUCUACCACCAGUUUGACCAGUCCAGUCCAAUCGUCAGAAUCCCAAACACCAAAACCGUUGUUUCCCCCGACUUUAUUCGGGGCUUUUUAAGCAUUCCUCAGCGGGUUCUUCCAAAACAUUCUCUGUGGUGUUCUGCACAGCUCCACUCGCCUCGGGGCCUUGGACCUUCAUGCGUCUCUUAGCAGCAGAGUCCACCCACACCUUCACCCACCACACCACCACCCGUACCAUGAGCUGUGAACAGGAGUUUGGAGACGGGGCCAUGGGGGUCACGCUCACCCUGCGCCUUCUAAUGCACGGAAAGGAAGUUGGGAGCAUUAUUGGAAAGAAAGGAGAAACCGUGAAGAGAAUACGAGAAGAGAGCGGUGCCAGGAUCAACAUCUCAGAGGGUUCCUGUCCAGAGAGGAUCAUCACCAUCACAGGUCCGACGGACUGCGUGUUCCGAGCUUUCACCAUGAUCACCUUCAAACUGGAGGAGGACUUGGCAGCUCUGGUAGCUAACGGCACAGUGACCAGCAAACCUCCGGUCACCCUACGGUUGGUCAUCCCAGCAAGCCAGUGUGGUUCCCUCAUCGGGAAAGGUGGAUCAAAGAUCAAGGAGAUCAGAGAGACUACAGGCGCCCAGGUUCAGGUAGCCGGUGACCUCCUCCCCAACUCUACAGAGAGGGAGGUGACGAUAUCAGGAGGCCAGGAUGCCAUCAUCCAGUGUGUUAAACUCAUCUGCACCGUUAUUCUGGAGUCUCCACCAAAGGGGGCAACCAUUCCAUACCGGCCCAGUCAGACUCCAGGUACUGUGCUGCUGGCUGGAAACCAGGUGUUUGAUGCUUCGGACUUUGGAUCUCACCCCCUGUUCUCGAUGGCACAGGGAGGAUUGGACCUGCAGCAGACAUAUGCAGUCCAAAGCCACUACGGUUUCCCACAUUCAGAGUUAUUGAAACUGCAGCAGCUGUCGAUGCAGCAACAGGGCCUGGCGUCCAUCAGCCAGUCAGCUACAGUCCUGCCUGGAGCAGUCGAAGCAAAUUCUCAAACCGCAUCUCAGGAGCUCCUCAUUCCAAACGAUCUGAUCGGAUCGAUCAUCGGACGCCAGGGCACCAAAAUAAAUGAGAUCCGGCAGGUGUCAGGAGCUCAGAUCAAGAUCGGCAGUCAGAUCGACAGCAGCAGCGACCGUCACGUGACCAUCACCGGGACGCCGAUUGCCAUCAACCUGGCUCAGUAUUUAAUCAGUUCAUGUUUAGAGACCGCCAAAUCCACCGCCCAGUCCUCCUCCAUGUCGUCUCCUGUUGACCUGACCAUGAGCUUCACCCAGCCCGCCCCCCCUGCCUCUGCCUCGUCCUCCUCCUCCUCCCCCCUGGCAGCGAUGGGUGCGGCACUGCCCCACGCUCCAAUCCUGGGCGCUCCCUACGCCCUUCCCCUCUCCAGCCUCCUGGGAGUGAAAUCCAUCCCCUACCUGGCACUGUCCACCCCUCCCGCCUCAGCAGCAGCGGCGGCGGCAGCAGCGGCCGCCAUCGGGGCACCGGUGUUACAGAGCUCGGUGCAGCAAGCGGCCACAGCGGCAGUUCCUGUCUCAGCUCACGCGGCGGCUGCACUAGCAUCCUACACGGCUAAGAUCUCUUCAGCCAAUGGGAUGAAGAAGCCAGAGAGACAGAAGUUUUCUCCAUACUGAUGAAGGAGGAGAUGCGUGUCAGAGGUAGCUCCUGGGCUGCUCUUCAAACUGAAAGGGCCUUUCCCCUCCACAACUCUGAACUCUGUCACAUCCUUUUUCCAUCUCUCUCUCCCAUCUCUUUUCUAUCCUUCCUGGUCAGUAGCAAAUAUCACUGUGGGAUUAUUGGAACAUGCAUGAUUUCACUAUAAUGCAGAUUAUAGGAACCAAGAAAGUGCAAAAUUGUGCAGCAGUUGUAGAAUUAUGUGAAAAAAGAAGUAAAAUUAAGAUUUGGGUGAUUUUUGGAGAUCGGAAACAACAGCCUGUUGUGAGGUCUGAUGCAUAUGGGGUUCCUGACUGUUUUUAUUUCUAAUUUUAGCUUUUAGCAUUUGAAAAAAACAUCAUGAU